AUGGUAUUAACGAAUUUCGCCUUUCUUUCAGUGAUCUCUCGCCGAGCGCCAAAAAUCGGGACAAAAAUGAAGAGCCUGUCGUUGGACUGCGAUGCUGCUUAUGACAAAAAAGCUUCGCUGAGCCCCGUGUUGAGCAGAAGACGCCUUUUCAAGGUACGACCGCUGAAACAAAAUUCUUUCGACACUCCGGACGAUGACGAACUCGAGACGUUGGAACGUCUUUCCGGCGUUUACCUCACUGGCGGUGCCAGCUGUGCUCGUCCGGUCGCCUGUCAUAUCGUUGCUCAUGAAUAUCGGGCAAAGUUUCCGGCUGAGCUUGACUUAAGGUACUGUUUUUGUGCAACGUGUUUCUGCCAGCGUCCCCCCCCCACCACCCCACGGACACAAGUCGACGUUUCGCCACUACCCUUUCGUCAUAGGAUUUUCUCAGCGUGUUGGCAAACGGCCGAGGGAACGUCUUUUGCCAAGGAAGGUCCAAAUGCUAACUCGAACUCGAAAUGCCCACUUGCUGUCGUUGAUAUCAGCCACAUAGCAAGCCCGUAAUC